AUGGGGGACGCAGUGAGUACUCUACUCUUCCAACCCCCACCGCCUUCCAAGCUGAAGGAGCACAAGAUCGUAUGGCUGAACACGAAACUGGGGUCGAAGAUUCCGUCCUUCUACAUUGGUUACAGACGGAAAGGAGGGGUGGAGAGUUGCAAGUCGCUAUCAGCUAGUGAGAUACGAGCGUCAGGGCCGGAUCAAGGUAUAACAAUCCUCUAUUCGCAUGCGAAUGCCGAAGACUUGGGAAGUAUAUACCCAUGGUGCAAGUUCCUGAGCAAGAUGCUGCAAGUCAAUCUCUUUGCUUAUGACUACACUGGCUACGGCAUGGCCUACGAUGAAGGCGACCCAUCAGAGAACCAUUGCUAUGCCGAUAUUGAUGCUGCCUACGACUAUCUUCGAAAUGAGCUUGGCGUGCCAGCACAAAACAUUGUCCUCUAUGGUCGAUCACUGGGAUCAGGUCCAUCCUGCUACUUGGCUUCCAAGACUGCCAGCGUAAAGGGAGUGGACGAUGAUGGUCCAGUAGGAGGCGUGAUCCUACAUGCACCCUUUCUAUCGGUAUACAGAGUGGUGAUAGACACUGGUUGUACAGUCUACGGGGACAAGUUCCCAAACAUUGACUUUGCUCCUAUGAUUGGAUCACCCGUUAUAUUAGUGCAUGGAAGAAGUGACCAAAUUGUCCCCUUUCAUCACUCAGAGCGACUCUUUGCUGCCCUGCCGCCAACAUGCCAAGCAAAACCACUAUUUAUUGAUGGUAUGGGCCACAACAAUGUCCAUGCAGAAGUUCGACCUAUGUUUGUAGAUCGACUAUCGGAGUUCUUGGCCCAAAACAUUAAGCCUUCAGGGGGUUACUUUGGCCCACGAAGAGCAUUGGCAUCGAAGGGGAAACGCCGGGAAGCCGACGAGUACGGACAAACAAGACCACAAAUAGCAUGA